AUCUUCUGUGUUCGAAUUCGAGAAUCGUAAACACCUCUUCAGCCUCGCUUUAUUCUACGCUGCAGUCACCAAGAAGCAACUCACCGCCGUCUCUUCAGUAUGUCUCAAGUGGCCGACUUUGACGCACUAAUUGAGGCCUUCAACUCAUCGGCCAAAAAGGUUCGAGACUAUUUAGCCUCACAAGACACAAACGAUAAGGCUGGGCAAGCUGAGGGCAGUGAAACCACAGAAUUCCCCCUGGCAUUGGCACCCGAGAAUGUUAGAGAUGCCAAUAAGUCCAUGUCUGAAGCCAUGGCGAGGAUUCAUCAGAUGUUUCUAGACCCUGUCGAAUUGAAUGCCCAGACGACCGUUAAUUUCCAACAUCUCUCGUGCAUCCGUUGGAUUGUACACUUCAACAUCCCUGCACAUAUUCCGCUAAGCGAACCCAUCUCUUAUGCUUCGGUCGCCCAAGCUGCCAAAGUCCCCGAGCACCAGCUCCGUCAGAUUGCCCGCAUGGCCAUGACGAACGGCGUCUUCAGAGAGCCUUCGCCGAACAUGCUCGCACAUACACCGCUAUCCGGGAAGUUGGCCACCAGUCCAACGUUCCUCGAGACAGCUCUGUUCCAGGCCGAAACUACAGCAUCGACCGCGGUGAAAAUGACCGAAAUGACUUCAAAAUAUGGCGGGAGUGAGAAGCCAAAUGAAACUGCACACAACAUUGCCAUGGAAACCGACCUACCAUUUUUUGCGUAUCUCAGUAAGAACCCAAAGAUCGCUGCACGUCUGCAAGCGGCGAUGAAAUUUGUCGGUGGUGCAGAGGAAACACAUACAGCGCAUCUUAUCCAGAUGUUUGACUGGGCGGGUUUGGGAGAGGCGGAAGUCGUGGAUGUCGGCGGCUCAACUGGACAUGUCUCGAUCGCACUUGCGCGGGCGUUUCCCAACCUGACGUUCACAGUCCAAGACUUGCCCGUUGUCGUCAGCAAGGCCACAUCUUCACCGCUGCCCCCUGAGAUUAGAGAUCGCAUAGUCUUUACCUCUCACGACUUCUUCGAGCCUCAGCCAGCAGCCUCGUCACGGGCUUCUGUCUUCCUUGUGAGAAUGGUCGUGCAAAACCACCCAAGGACUGCAGCGCAGACCAUUUUGCGCAACAUCGCGUCCGCUAUGAAACCGGAUGCACUAAUUUUGCUGAACAACCACAUCCUUCCGGAACCUGGGACUGUUGGGCUCAGAGAUGAAGCGCGAGAUCGUUCAAGGUCUCUGUUCAUGAUGCAGGCCAUGAACGGAGGGGAUCGAGAUGAAGAGGAGUUUCGGGAGUUAGUGGAAGGGGCUGGGGCGGGCUUGGCUGUGCAGGAAGUCGUGAAGCGAAAGGGAAGUGCUCUGGGGUUGAUCGUAAUCAAGAAAUUGUGAGGACAGCAGCUGGUGGCGCCUCCGGU